GUGUCAACCGAAGGCGCCAGCAUCAUUAUGAAGAAAUUGUGUUUGCUUCUUUUAAUGGCACAUUUUGUGACUUCAAGCAGAGAUUUAAAUGAAAUUCUUGAUCGCGACGAAUGGAUUAACAUAGCCAAAGAGUACAUACAGAAUCACAAGCCAUAUAAGGCAAAAAUCUACAAACCGUACAAGCCGCAAAUUGUUAAUUUUACAAACCCAUUCGAAGGAGAUAUAUGGGACACAACCACAGUAGCAAGCAUUGCGGAAUCUACAACCCCCUCGGAUGAGGCGACGACUAAUUAUUUUACUGAGGAAAUAUCCAGCACAACAAGCAGUAAUGAGGAUACAACGACAUUGCAGCCUGGAUUUUCAACUACAGAAUCCACUUUUCUGACAUCGGAAUCGCCUGAAACCACCACAAGUAUUUUGGAGACCACAACAUCAUGGACGGAAUUUCCGGAAUCAACUACCCAGUCCACCGAUUUUACAACAGAAUCAAGUGAAUCAACCACUGAAAUAUCUUCAGAAGUUAAGAGUACAACUGAAUCUAUUUUCGUAACAUCGGAAGCUCCUGAAACAACCACAAGUAUUUUGGAGUCCACUACAGAAGCUACGGAUUUAAGAACUACAACAGAAUCAAGUGAAUCAACCACUGAAAUAUCUUCAGAAGAUCAGAGUACAACUGAAUCUAUUUUCGUAACAUCGGAAGCUCCUGAAACAACCACAAGUAUUUUGGAGCCCACUACAGAAGCUACGGAUUUAAGAACUACAACAGAAUCAAGUGAAUCAACCACUGAAAUAUCUUCAGAAGGUCAGAGUACAACUGAAUCUAUUUUCGUAACAUCGGAAGCUCCUGAAACAACCACAACUAUUUUGAAGUCCACUACAGAAGCUACGGAUUUAAAAACUACAACAACUAAUCCAAGCAGUACAGAAGUCAAUCCAAUAACUACAACGUUGCCGGAAUCAACGACAACCAUUGGAGAUUUCUCUACAGCAUCAACAACAUUUCCGGAUUUAACUACCCAAUUUAACGAUUUUACAACAGAAUUGUAUGAAUCAACCACUGAAAUUUCUUCAGAUGAUCAAAAUCAUAGUACAACUGAAUCAUUAGAAACCCCUACAGAAGAACUAUUAUUAACCACAGAAAGCCUGGAAACCUCUACAUCUCUGCUGGAAAUUAUUAGCACCACUCCAGGCAUAGAAACUACAAACUCAUACCUUGAUACAGUGAUUGACAGCACAGAAGUGGAGAGUUCCACACCAUCUGGAUUCAAUUUGACAACUAAAAUAAAUCAAAGUGAAGAAAAAACCACAACUCCCAGGCAACCCUUUCUCGUGGAGGAUUAUGUAAGGCAAAGGCCAAGAAAAAUGAAGUAUACUUCAGACACGGAGCCUGAACUUUACUGGUACUAA